UCUUCAUCCUCCGUGACCUUGCCCCGCCCUCUCCCCUGCAGAUCCUGGAGCCCGAGGUCCUGAAGUCCAUGGGCGUGAGCAACCCUCACACCACGCACUGCCUCCCCAACGGGAAGGUCAUGAUCUCGACCAUGGGCGACGAGCACGGCCGCGGCAAAGGCUCCUUCGCCACCUUCGACUCCGUCUCCUUCGAGCCUCUCGGACUCUGGACCAAGGACUCCUCCGACUACGGCUACGACUACUGGUACCAACCCACGCACGACGUCCUCAUCUCGACGGAGUGGGGCUGCCCCUUGUCCUUCUCCAAGGGCUUUGACCCUAAGGAUGUGGCUGCAGGGAAAUACGGAACGCACCUGAACGUGUACUCGUGGAGUGAGCAGCGACUUCUGCAGCGUAUUGACCUGGGUCUGGAAGGCGUGAUGCCCCUGGAAGUGCGGUUCCUGCACAACCCACUCUCCACGGAGGGCUUCGUCGGCUGCGCCCUCUACGCCAACGUCUUCAGGUUUUACCGCAAGGAUGAUGGGACUUGGGCAGCGCACAAGGUGAUCAGCAUUCCCCCCAAGAAAGUGGAAGGCUGGUCUUUGCCUGAAAUGCCAGGUGUGAUGACCGACAUCCUCAUCUCCCUGGACGACCGGUUCCUGUACUUCAGCAACUGGGCCCACGGGGACGUCCGCCAGUACGACAUCACGGACCCCGAGCACCCGAAGCUCGUGGGCCAGAUCUUCCUCGGCGGCUCCAUCGUCAAGGGAGGCCCCGUCAAGGUGGUGCACGACCUCGAGCUCGAGGAACAACCCGACCCAGUGUACAUCCAGGGCCGUAAGCUAGAAGGAAGCCCUCAGAUGCUCCAGCUUUCCUUGGACGGGAAACGUCUGUACGUGACAGACUCCCUCUUCUCUCCCUGGGAUCGGCAGUUCUACCCAGAGACCGUAGCGAAGGGGUCGGUUAUGCUGCAGAUGGACGUGGACACCGUCAACGGGGGUCUGACCCUCAACAAAGACUUCCUGGUAGACUUUGGGAAGGAACCCGAAGGACCUUCACUCGCCCAUGAGAUCAGGUACCCCGGAGGCGACUGCACCUCGGACAUCUGGCUGCCUGAAGGGUCCUCCGAGUGCCCCCACCGCGCCAGCAAGUGUGCCCAGUCCCAAAUGCCUGCAAAGAUUUAGUUUCCCAUUUGCUUCUCCUACCGCAAGAAUUUUAUUUUUGCCAAUGAAUUCGGAAACAUCGCUGGCUUGGGGAGGAAGGGUAAAAAAAAAUUGGAAUGACUCCUGAUGAAGUUUUCUUUAUUUGAUGUUGCUUAACAGUUACACGCUGGGUACAUAUAACCAAAUAAAAAUGUGUGUGUUUGUGUGUGUGUGUGUGUGUGUGUGUGUGUUUGUGUGUGUGUGUGUGUGUGUGUGUGUGUGUUUGUGUGUGUGUGUGUGUGUGUGUGUGUGUGUGUGUGUGUGUGUGUUUGUGUGUUUGUGUGUGUGCGCUCGUGUGUGCGUGUGUGUGUUAGGGCUAUUGCUGUGGUUUUGGGUUUGCUUUUUAAUAUACAUCCUGUAAAU